AAAAAAAGAUGGUUUCCCUUGAACCCGUUCAGGGUAACCCCAGAUCUAUUGAUGCACCUUCAAGUCCUAGAAUAUCUUUCUCAGCAGAGUUCUUAGAUGAGAAUAACUUCAUCUCCAUCAGUCCAAACACUGAGCAUGAAAAAGAUAAAGACAAGGAACGUGAAACAACAAGGAAUGCUGAUUUUGAGUUCCUGUCAAACAACGUGAGUAACAAUAACGCAGUGUUAACAGCUGAUGAGCUUUUCUUUGAAGGGAAGCUCCUUCCCUUUUGGCAGAUGCAACAUCUAGAGAAGCUCAACAAGAUAAGUCUCAAAGCCAAAGAUGGAGAGGGAGAAGAUAAAGAGGAAGAAGAGGAAGUGAGCAACAAAGAGGAGAAUAGAGUAAAUUGGUUUGUGGAUGAUGACCCAUCUCCAAGACCACCUAAGUGCACUGUUCUAUGGAAAGAGUUAUUGAGGUUGAAGAAGCAACGUGCUUCUUCUUUAUCACCCUCUUCUUCUUCCUCAUCUUCAUCCUCUUCUGCCAGCUCACUUGGUGAUGUAGCUGCCAAAGAAGGGAAAGAAGGUUCAAGGAAUAAAGAGCAGAAUGUGAAGAGGUUGAAGAAAGGAUUAGAGAGGACAAGGUCAGCUACUAUUAGAAUUAGACCAAUGAUUAACGUGCCAAUUUGCACACAGUUGAAGAGCAGUGCCUUGCCUCCUCUUUUUCCACUUAAGAAAGGCAAAUUAGAGCGGUGAACUUUUAAGAUUAUGGAGCUCAAGUUUAUUUAGUUUGAUCCUCAGAGUUGUCGAAUAAGUUUGUUUUGUUUAUUUCUUAUAUUUUUUUCCCCCAUCAAAUUAUGUUGCCAUGCUAGAUUAGGUGUUAAUUUGAGUGGAUCUGAGAAAUUACAAUGUAAAUUCUGACUUGUAUAAUCAUUGGAUUGUGCA